CUUCCUUUGCUGUUUGGCUCAUCCCCCAGUGGCCGCUGUGGCCAGCACACCGCGCUGAUCCAAAGCCAGGAGCCAGGUGCCUCUCCUGGUCUCCCAUGUGGGUUCAGGGCCCAAGGACCUGGGCCGUCUUCUACUGCCUUCCCGGGCCACAGCAGAGAGGUGGACUGGAAGAGGAGCAACCAGGACAGAAUCCUAAGCCCUGACUGGGACUAGAUCCCGGGGUGCCAGCACCGCAGGCAGAGGAUUAGCCUAGUGAGCCGUGGCGCCGGCCCAUAUAUUUCUUAUAUGCAGUUUUUAUGGGCAUAAUGGUGUAUCACAUCCUACCCUUGCUGCCCUCCUCACUCCCACCCUCAAAGCUUCUUUUCUUAUUUUUAAUUUUUACCAUGACAUACUUUCAAUUUCGUUUAUAAUCACAAGCUUAACCCUCCAUUAAAUACUGAAUUCAAUAAGUAGUAGGUAGAAAAACCACUAUUCUUCAAGAAUAUAGAUAAGGGCUAUAAAUAAUAAUCAACUAUCAAAAUGUCAUGUUCAUUCAUAUACAUUGUAUAUUUUUGUGCUCUGUAUGUUAAUUACCACUAAUCAGGGAAAACAUAUUUUUGGGGGACUGGCUUAUUUUUUUUAUUCAAAGUAACAUUCUGUUUUUGAAAUUUGUCUCACAAAAAGAUAAGAAAAGGUUAAUUGUGAUGAAUCCCCAUACCACAAAAUAUGCAACCAUUAAUAUUUGGGUAUUUCUAUAUGUAUGUUUAAUUUUAAGAGUGUUUGGGGGCUGGUGCUGUGGCUCACUUGGUUAAUCCUCUGCCUGCAGUGCCAGCAUCCCAUAUGGGUGCCGGUUCCAGUCCCGGUUGCUCCUCUUUUAGUUCAGCUCUCUGCAGUGGCCCCAGAAAAUCAGUGGAGGAUGGCCCGGGUGCUUGGGCCGCUGUACCUGCAUGGGAGACCUGGAGGAGGCUUCUGGCUAUAAGAGAGUAUGUAGUGUAUUAUAAUACAUAUGCCUACCCCUAUUUCUUGGAAACACCAAAUAUUAACAUUUAAAAUGUAUUUGCUUUCAGUGUUUUUCUUAUUUAUGCGUUUAUGUAAAAAUUACAUUGAUGGCAUUGUAUGUAUAUAGUUGUAUAUGUCAUUUAUCCUUAUUUUUGAAGUACUACAACUAUAAAACAGAGAUAAAGCCAACAUCAACUUUGACCUAGAACUCUACUUACAUUCAUAAUUAUAUCUACUUUGAUGCUAUUAAUUAUAUUAACUUGACAUUCAUAAAAUCCUCAGUAUUCUUCAAGGAACACAUACCACAGUGAGGUGUUUACUGUGGUUGGUUCCUUGUGGAAUUCACACUUUAUCUCAUGGACAUCUUCUGGUGUUUAAAUCAAAUCAAAGGAAGAAAAAUGUUUCUUCUCCAGGGAAACGAACCCAGCUCCCCUUGCUGAUUUUCCUAGAAAGAAAAUGAUCUAAAACUUUUCCUUCUACUCUCUUUUUGUUAAGCCAACAGAGCCUAACUGUUUCAAGAUUGGGAAGAUAAUAGAACAAUUUAUUUAACAAGGACCUCUGAGAUUUCAACCCUUGAGUUGACAGAACUUUUAAACAUGCCCCUGUUGUUUCUCACCUGUAAUUAAUGGCUCCCCGCUUGCUGAAAGCCCAGCUGCACUUCACAGGGACACUCUGGGAGAUGAGAAAGCUUUAGUGGUCACCAUUGGAGAGUCUUGUUUUCCAGUGAGGGCUACUGGGGUAAGAAACGAGAGUGAGUGGAGUGUAGGCUUUAUGUCUAGAAUAACAGGACUAGCACAGGCCUAUUAUGGAUGUAUUUUAGUUUCUACUGAAAUCAGCCCUUCUAGUUAUUAUGGUCUUUCCUUUCCUAGAACUUGUGUCCACUAAGAGUUACAAAUGAUCAUUCCCUGAAUGUGAUGUUUUCUGGAGAGUCUCCACAGCUUCUUUGCUUCCCCCUAUAAAUUGUGGGCUCCUCUUCAUUUAACCACUCACUGAGCAUGUCUUGUGCAUGAGUAUUAUCUCUGAUGUUGUUAACGUGAUCGGCAUUUUCUUUGAUGAUUUACCUGUUUUUCCCCACAGAUCUCAUUUACAGAUAUCACUGAAUACUUCUAUAUUGUUGUUGCUGUUAAUUACUGUUGCACAUAUAUUACCAUGAAGGCGGUGUGGGAACUACCAAGCAAAGAACAUGAAAUGUUUUCAAAUGUUUUGUGAAAUAACCUUAAAGAAAAUAGUCAUUUAUGAGCAUAAAUUCAAGUUGGAGAAGUAGAACUAGUAAGCAGGUGAUAAAGGAGAGAGAGGAUUGGCACAUAAAAGAAGUUGAGGUAAUUAUGCACAUCGACGGGGGCCAGUGCAGUGGCAUACUAGGUUAUGUUUCCGGCUUCAUUGCUGGCAUCCCAGCUGUUCCUCUUCUGAUCCAGCUGUCUGCUUGUGGCCUGGAAGGCAGUGGAAGAUGGCCCAAGUGCUUUAGCCCCUGCAACUGUGUGGGAAAGCCAGUAGAAAUUCCUGGCUCCAGGCCGGUGCUGCGGCUCAGUAGGCUAAUCCUCCACCUGUGGUGCCGGCACUCCUGGUUCUAGUCCCAGUCAGGGCGCCAGAUUCUGUCCCGGUUGCCCCUCUUCCAGUCCACCUCUCUGCUGUGGCCCGGGAGUGCAGUGGAGGAUGACCCAAGUCCUUAGGCCCUGCACCCGCAUGGGAGACCAGGAGAAGCACCUGGCUCCUGGCUUUGGAUCAGCGUGGUGUGCCGGCCACAGCACACACUGUCCACUCUGCCUGUCAAAAAAAAAAAAAAAUUCCUGGCUUCGCGACUCAGAUCGGCUCAUCUUCCAGCGAGUGUGGCCAUCUGGGGAGUGAACCAGUGGAUGGAAGACCCCUCUCUCUGUCUCUCACUCUCGCUUUCUGUAACUCUACUUCUCAAAUAAAUAACAAGUGUUUUAUAAAAAAUUGUGCACUUUUAUAGGGGAAAUGAGCUAACAAUUGAUAGGAAUCAUGUCACAACUCAAUAGAGAAUGACAGACAUCUACCCUAGGGUAGUGUAGUGAUGAGGUUCCAAGUGGCUGUUGAUUGAAUACUAAUGUUGCCUCCUUCCCCAAAGGUACACAGCUCCAUGGAAGUAGAAAACCACACAGGAGAAUCACAGUUCCUCCUCCUGGGCCUCUCAGAUGAUCCUGAGCUGCAGCCACUGAUCUUUGGGUUGUUCCUGUCCAUGUACACGGUCACAGUGCUUGGGAACAUGCUCAUCAUGUCAGCCACCAUCUCUGCCUCCCACCUCCACACCCCCAUGUACUUCUUCCUCUGCAACCUGUCCUUUGUUGACAUCUGUUUUGUCUCCACCACAGUCCCAAAGAUGCUGGUGAACAUCCAGGCACACAGCAAGGACAUCACCUACAUAGAAUGUCUCAUCCAGGUGUAUUUUUUUAUCAUAUUUAUUGCGAUGGAUAAUUUCCUACUGACCAUCAUGGCCUAUGACCGGUUUGUGGCCAUCUGCCACCCUCUACAGUACACAGUAGUCAUGAACCCCCGCCUCUGUGUCUUCCUGGUUCUGAUGUCGUGGUGCUUCCUUUCCUGGGUCUCCCUGCUUCACCUUCUGCUGCUGAUGAGGCUGACUUUCUCUACUGGCACUGAGAUCCCCCACUUCUUCUGUGAACUGGCUCAGCUUCUCAAGGUGGCCAGCUCUGAUACCUUCAUCAAUGACAUCACCUUGUAUGUGGCAACUGCCCUGCUGGGCUUGUUUCCUGCCGCCGGGAUCCUCUUCUCUUACUCUCAGAUUUUCUCCUCCUUAAUGAGGAUGUCCUCUGCUGUGAGCAAGUACAGAGCAUUUUCUACCUGUAGUUCUCACCUCUCUGUAGUCUCCUUGUUCUAUGGAACAGGACUUGGGGUGUACUUCAGUCCUGCCAUGCCACAGUCUUAUAUGAGAAGUUCAACUGCUUCGGUGAUGUACACUGUGGUCACCCCGAUGCUGAACCCCUUCAUCUACAGCCUGAGGAACAAGGAUGUGAAGGGGGCCCUGGGCCAGCUCCUCAGCAGAGCAGUCCCUUGUGUUUGGUGAAUCACUGACCUAAGGACUCAGUGUGUUGUAGCCGCUACAGAAAAUGCUGUGAAUUUCAAUAUGCUGGCUCUUUUUCUCCCCUCAAGUAUAUACUAAAUUUAUUUCUGUUCCCAAAGCAUAUCUGUAUUGAUUGUGUAUGUGUUUACAUUUUCCUCUUCUCAACAACUCCCUCCGUACAUCUGUCUCAUUUUUUUUUUCCUUAUACAUGAUGCUUUUAAGUUCCAUGUUUGGUUGUUCAUCUUCCAGAAAUUUCUGGUUAUUUCUAACUAUCCUUUACAGCACUUGUUUCACAAGUGCUCACAUGAUUUCUUCCCAACUUAUGCUGUUAGUAUGUUUUUGAUUUGAAUUUCCCUCAUGGCUAGUGAUGUUGAGCAUUGUUGGCCACUGGUAUUUCUUCUUUUGAGAAGUGUCUAUUCAGAUUCUUUGGCCAUUUCCUAAUGGAUCUGCAAUUAGAAGCAAUAUAUCUAGUAUUCCACCACACACUAGGGUGACUGUAUUUCACAGUCAUGUGUUACAUGCCUUAUAAAGAACUGGAAGGGAGAAGCUGAUUGACUCCUAACACAAUGAAUAGAUAAGGAAAUUGAAGCAAUAGUGAGCUGCUUCUAUCAAUUUGUGCUGUAUAUAGUUAAUGAGUACUCAGUGCUCCAUAAAACAGUGUAGACAUUGGAGUGGGUAUUGUGGAGUGACAGGUUAAGCUGCUGCUUGGGGCAGCCAUAUUCCAUACUGAAGUGUCAUUCAAGUCCCAAAUCCUCUGCUUCUGAUCCAGCUUCCUGAUGAUGCAUUGGGAAGGUAGCAGGUGAUGGUUCAAAUGCAUGGAUCCCUGCCAUACAUGUGGGAGACCAAGAUGGAUGUGUAGGAUCUGGCUUUGGCCUGGCCCCUCCUGCCUGUUGUAGGUAUUUGGAAAUUGAAUAGUGGAUGGCAGAUUCCUGUCUCUUUGUAUCUCCCUUUCUGUGUCAUUUUGCCUUUCCAAUAAAGAAAUAAAUAAAUCUUUAAAAC